GUGUUUACCUGGAGUUUACCUGGAGUUUACCUGGAGAGAGUUCCGGGGGUCAAUGCCCCCACGGCCCGGUCUGUGACCAGGCCUCCUGGUGGAUCAGAGCCUGAUCAACCAGGCUGUUACUGCUGGCUGCACGCAAUCCAACGUACGAGCCACAGCCCGGCUGGUCAUGUACCAACUUUAGGUGCUUGCCCAGUGCCAGCUUGAAGACUGCCAGGGGUCUAUUGUCUCUGGAGCAGCAGAAUGGAGCACCCAGUAAACAAGCCUAAGAUUAUAGGAUACUGGUUCAACGAGAAAAAGUGCCAAAAAUUUGGAGUAGCAGAAUUGAAUGCUGAAUGCAAGAGAAGAGGAAUAGAACUUGUCAAGAUUGACAUGAGUUCUCCCAUGGAAGAGCAAGGGCCCUUUGACCUGCUGCUUCACAAGUUGACGGCAUUAUUUGCCCAGGCACUCAACCAUGACCGUAAGGCUAUAACUGCAAUCAAAAUGUUUGAAAAUUAUAUUGGAAGACACCCAGAAACCAUUGUAAUGGAUCCCCUUCCUGGCGUCUACAGACUUUUGCUGAGAAAUCAAACGUAUAAUCUUCUAAAACAGUGCUUCAAACAUGAUGAUAAGGUGUUCACUCCCACAUAUGUGGAGCUCUCUACAACAGAUUUGCAACACAACAGAAUGCUAAUUCAAGAAGCAAAUGUUACAUUUCCAGUAGUGUGUAAGCCAGUAACAGCAGGUGGUGGAAUAGAAGCACACGAGAUGGCUGUAGUAUUUAAUGAAAGUGGGAUUUCUGAGUGCACACUUCCCUGUGUUGCACAGUCAUUCAUUAACCACGGAGCAAUUCUUUACAAGCUUUUUGUCUUGGGACCUGUGUGGUUUGUUAUUGUGCGACCAUCACUCAAGAACUUCUAUGCUGGAGUUGAUGGUUGCUUUGAUAUUAACAAGCUUGCAGUAGAGCAGGAAACAGUGCACUUCAACUCCAAUAAUGUGUCCAAAGCGGAUUCUCAGUCUCCGCUCACUCAGCUUGAUCCCGGCGACAAGAAGGAAGAUUUACCGAAAGCUGAUCCAGCAGUAUUCAAUAGGAUUGUAACAAAUCUUCGUGAUGCACUGAAUAUGGAUCUUCUUGGUAUUGAUGUUGUGAUUGAUAGCUGCACUGGAAAAUAUGGCAUCAUUGAUGUUAAUGCAUUUCCUAGUUAUGAUUCAGUGCCCAAUCUGAUGGAACAUCUUGUAGACCUUCUGGUUAUGCGCAUGAACCAUUCAGCUCUCUCUAAUAACACAAGCAUAUCGGAGAGUAAAAGGACUUCAAUUCAUAUAACUUCACCAGAUCAUCCCCAGGAAGAUUCAGGUGUAGAUACAGGCUAGUACUUCAUGCCAGAACCGCAUUAUCAUAUUUGACUAGUCAAGUGUAAAGAAUUGAAAAGCAUUCCACAUCUCUUGUCAGCUGUAAUAUUCUACAAACACAUGUAAAAAUAGCUUGCUCCUAUAAAGUAUGAUUCAGUAUUUUAGAUUUGGGAUACUAAAAAGCAUUAUUUUAUGUAAAUUGCUCAAUCUACUUUUAAGAAUCCGAUUAAAGUUUUGUAGUUAAUAGUUUCUCUGAGGCUUAAUUUUGUUACAGAAAAAACCUUUCCAUAGGCUUAGAAUUGGAAAGGUCUAAUAGUAAGAUGAUAUUACACAACGAAUUUGUUUUAAGGAAAUUUGAACUUGUGUGUUACCAUGGUCAUGUCAUAACCAAAGUGACAUAGCUAUGCUUCCAGGGUUGAGUUCUUUAUUAUUCAGUGUUUAGAUGGGUGUGAAUAGUAUGAAUAAGGAUUUCAGGCUGAUGGACUGAAGAUUAGCCUUUUUUCUAUGAAUGCAACAUAUCCAGUGAAAUUAGAUAUUCUUGAAAACAUUGUAUGAGCUACUAGAAAAAUAAAUAUUAUAUUAUUCUGUUAAAUACUUAUUUUUAGACAGUAUUUGGGAUUGGUUAGGCUUUAACAAGUUACGUUUGGGCAAAGAAUUGAUGUUUAAACCUGUAUGAUAUAUCGUAUUGUAAUGAAUCUUGAGUGUUGUAAUGGUAUUGUUUUGGUGCUGGAUGUAUUUCCUCUUUGCGCUGUUAGAUGUUGAUUAUAGCAUUAUUAUUAUUAUUAUGAUAAUUAUAUUCACAAUUAUUGGUGAAGAAUACUUAUAUAGUCCUAGGGAUGAUGCAGACAUUAUUCUCCCAGUGAGUGUAUUUAUAUCUGGGGUUCACUUAACACUUGGUAAGUGAGCAGUUGCUGCUAGAAUUGAGGACCAAAGCAAAUGAAUCUUAUUUUUCUGUACCACUUAUAUAAUGCAGUAUGUCCCACAGUUACAUAAGAAAGUAAGAGCAUAAAAUGGAAGGAAGGAGCACUGCAACAAGCCUACUGGUCCAUACUAGGCAGGUUCAACUCACACCCACCCAUGUAGUUAUCUAUCCUAUUUUUAACCCUUUAACUGUCCAAAUAUAGAUCUAUGUUUUUACUGCUAGCAUUCUGAAUAUUUAAAAAAAAAAAACUUUUUUUUUAAAACUGAGGGCAGUUUUCUGUGUGUUAUUAAUCAGACCCAAAAAAAUUAUCACCAGUAUUUGUCGAGAUAUAGGGCGGCAA